AAAUCAACAUUAAGACAAUUGGGAUCCAACAGGUGGAAGGAAGCAAUUUAAAUAGUUUCCAAGGAUAUUCCAUAAGGGCCUAACUAUAGUUUUACAAAACUAAGAAAAAGAGGCAAAUGCAAUUAACCCAUUUUACCUUUCCCAAACUCGUAAGUUUCUUCCAAACUCUGUUUCUUGAUUGAGAAGUAUAGGAGUGAGUACUUCACAAUUGGUCGCUCUAUUUCUCCUUUAACAGAAACUCAUGUGCUUUCUGUUAUUUUGGAAAGAAAAGGAUGCUACAAAGUGUUGGAUUGGUUUGAAAUUAGGGCUUGAUAUCUUGACAGGCAUUUACUGAUUCUUGUGUAAGAUGCUUCCUGAGGGCAAAGGGCUUGGAUGUCAAAGAGUACCUCCAGUUACAAUUAGCAACCUUCCUAAUAAUGUAAUCGAUGUCAUUCUAAUGUGUUUGCCCUUGCGAGAUGCUGUGAGGACCAGCAUCUUAUCUAAGAAAUGGAGGUAUGUCUGGAGCAGACUUCCAGAAUUGACGCUUGAUCAAACACUUUGGGAGACAACAAAGGACUUCAUAUCCCCCACAAUUAAAUUUACAAACAUUAUCUAUCACAUUUUGACCCUUCAUUCCGGACCGAUUAUGAAAUUUACCCUCUCCAUCCCUAACCUGGGAAACUGCCCUAAAUUUGACAACUUGAUGUAUUUUCUUUCUAAGAAUGACAUUCAGGAUCUUGUUCUUUAUCUUCCAAACGAAAACCCAUACAGCUACAAAUUGCCAUCUUCAUUUUUCACAUGUUUGCGGAUGAGGCAUCUGGCUCUCGCAAAUUGUUUAUUACAUCCUCCACCUGACUUCAAUGGAUUCGAUAGGUUAGUUAGCCUAGAAUUAUAUGAAGUCACAAUUACUUCCAAAUCUCUUGAAAGUUUAGUCAAUCGUAGCCCGUUACUUGAGCGUUUGGGGCUACGGGGAUUAUAUAUUCAAGAUCACAUUCAAGUUAAUGCUGCCAAUCUAAGUUGCUUUAAAUUCACAGGCAGUAUAAAAUCUAUUUCUUUUAAAAAUGUCCCUCUUCUUGAAGAACUUUUUCUUUGGGAUACAACACCUUCUGAGAAUGCAGGGGAAUCUGAUAUUGCCAAGUGGUUCGACUCUUGUCAUGCUCUUGAGCAUCUCCAUGUGAAUCACGGUGUUGUCCAGUCCUUGGCUGCAGGAGCUGGUGAAGUACUAACAAAGCUUCCUUGUGCAUUUAACUGUCUUAGACGUCUUCGCUUAUCUGAUAUUAGUCUGAGAGAAUUAGAUGAGGUUUCAGGUGCUUUUUGCUUGAUAAGAAGCUCCCCAUAUUUACAUGAUAUGGAAAUUAAGGUGUUCAAUGACGACGACGGUGAAAUUCCUGCACUAGAUUGUUAUAACCCGUAUUUCGUACGACGGGACAUUUAA